AUGGCCACAUACUCAAACCAUAACGGAUACUCGGACGACGACGACGACGACGAGGACCUCCACUUCCAGGACGACGACUACAACGACAACGACGAUGUUGACAUGGCCUACACCGUGCACGAUACCCCUUCCUCCUCCUCCUACAACAAUAACCCCUUUGGCGGCGUCGCCUCAGCCUCUGCACCCAACGGUCCCUUCAACAAUGACAACAACAACACCGAUAAUACCAACAAUAGCAACAACAACAGCACACAAAACGGCAAGGGAGCCAAACACAAGGCGAGCUUCUCAGAACCAAAGGAGAAAAAGAAACCCGGUCGGAAACCAGUACAAACGUGUCCUGCCUUGCGCAAGGAACAAAACAGAGCAGCACAACGGGCAUUCAGGGACAGGAAGGAGCGGCAUCUCCACCAGCUCGAAAACAUGAUCAAGGACCUCAAGAACCAGCACUACCUGGUCACCAGUCGGCUCCAGUCCGAGGCGCACGACCUCAAGACCGUCAUCGAGUCGCUGCAGAGCGAGAACUUUUAUCUCCGCGAGGUUGUCUUUGCGUUCGAGUCUGCGCUGAGUAAAGGGAACCACAUCGACAUCCUCAAGACCGUCAAGCAGGAACUCUUUCGGCGACACCAUCAGAGCCGUCGCUCUUCUUCUACUCCCUCGGUAACAACGCCCUCGACCCCCGGAACCGACCAUCUGACUCCUCCCAACAUGCGUUCUUCUUUAUCGCCCUCUGUCUCGUCAACGCUUCCAACGUCUCCAGGAACCCCAGUUGUGUCAGCUACAGCAGCGUCAUCAACAGGAGCGGCAUCGGCAAGUCCGGCUUCUUUAGAUACUCGACCUCGGACGAGCUCACCCUUGUCCCCUUCGAUGGCAAAUCGACAAACGACCCCACCCAAACCAACAUUCUCAUCUUCAUCUCCUCACCACACCCCUUCACCUCUUGGUCAAUCUCAUAACAACAACCACUACCAAGGCGACAUGGAUGUCUCUGACCAAGCCAGGCCAAUGCGAGAACAUCCCAUCAACGACGACAUCUCGGAAGAAGGAAUUCUGUCCAUGAGUGGUAAUAUCUUGUACAAGGCACCACCCCUGUUUAUUCCGGACAUGUUGGAGAAGGGCGGCCAGCUCGGAAUGCCCGUCUCUCCUUUCGGAUCCAUCUCAGUCCCUCGCCCCGCCUACUGCCCUCCCGGGACGACGCUUCCGGAAAAGACCGAAUAUACCAAGCACGCCAAUGUCUUUGAGGAGCUCCAGUCGUCGCUCUUCCCUCCUGGCACAUUGGAAUCUCUUCAUAUCAGUAUGGCGACACCGCAGGAGGUUGUGAGCGAGGAAACCCCGUUUGCAGAGACGAUCCAAAUAGAGGCGGACCGAGCCUCAAUGCAGAUGGACAGGGACAGGGACAACCAUUGGGACAACAAGGAUCGAUACAAUAAUAUACAGUAUGACAACAACAAUAGGAACAGAGCAUCGUCGUCUUCGUCGUCUGAUCUGCCGAUGCAUAUUAAAGUUGAGCCGGAAUCGGACGAGGAGACGUUAGGACUGGACGCGGAGCAGUUACGGAACAUGGCGGCAUCGUUGGGGUUGAAGAUGGGGACGACGAAAAGACAUCGAUUGCAUCGGGAGCUCCAGAUCCUGAUUGCGGCCGAACCGCAGACGGAUCCUAACAUCGACCCCAAGGUGUACGAGUUGCCGCACGACCCGCGGAUCGACUUUGUGCCUUGUCCGAAGUUGAGGGCGCAGAUGAUUGUGCACCAGCAACGGUAUAAUGCGGACGAGUUGUUCCAGCUGUUGAUUGAUGAGGCGGUCUGUCAUGGUCCGCCGUUGCACAAGGAUAGUUGGCAGUUGCCUGAGGCGUUUUUUGAUCGGUUUGGAUUCUUGCUGGGCUUGGAGUUUGACCGCAUUCGUCAUAAGAUGUGGCCUGUCAAAUAUCCUAAAUAA